AUGCCUAAGGAAACCAAACCCCGCAAGUCCAAGAAGGCCGCGCCUGAGAAGAAGAAGAAGGACCCCAACGCGCCCAAGCGUGGUCUCUCAGCUUACAUGUUCUUUGCGAACGAGAAUCGUGAUUCAGUGAGGGAGGAAAACCCGGGUAUCUCCUUUGGCCAAGUCGGCAAGGUGUUGGGCGAGAGAUGGAAGGCCCUCAGUGACAAGCAGCGCGUCCCCUACGAAGACAAGGCCAAAGCGGACAAGGCGCGUUAUGAGAAUGAGAAAGCGUCCUACAACGUGAGCAACCCCAACUCGAUGGCACGAUUGCCUUACUGGAAUGAUACUGAUGCGUCUCUUACAGGCUGGUGA